AUGGGUGAAGGUGAACGUUUUCAGCUGGGGACUGUUGGCGCCUUGACUCUCUCUGUGGUUUCUUCUGUCUCCAUUGUUAUUUGCAAUAAAGCGCUCAUGAGUUCACUGCAUUUUAUUUUUGCUACAACUUUGACAAGCUGGCAUCUACUUGUCACAUUUUGUUCUCUUCACUUGGCACUUAAAAUGAGAUUCUUUGAGCACAAACCUUUUGAGCAGAAAGCCGUUGUUGGAUUUGGGAUUUUAAAUGGAAUCUCAAUUGGACUUUUGAAUUUGAGCUUGGGCUUCAAUUCUGUUGGCUUCUAUCAAAUGACUAAGCUUGCAAUCAUUCCUUGUACCGUACUCUUGGAGACCCUAUUUCUUGGGAAGAAAUUCAGUAAAAGAAUUCAAUUUUCGCUAUCCAUCCUCCUUAUGGGUGUUGGGGUUGCAACAGUCACAGAUUUGCAGUUGAACGCUCUGGGAUCUUUCUUAUCUCUUCUGGCCGUGAUUACAACAUGUGUUGCUCAGAUUAUGACAAACACUAUCCAGAAGAAGUAUAAGGUUUCUUCCACCCAGCUUCUAUAUCAAUCAUGUCCAUACCAAGCUGCAACCUUGUUAAUCUCUGGUCCGUAUCUGGAUAAACUUUUGACCAGUCAAAAUGUAUUUGCUUUCAAGUACACAACGCAAGUGACGGUUUUCAUAGUUCUUUCCUGCCUCAUCUCAAUUUCUGUCAAUUUUAGCACAUUUCUCGUAAUUGGAAAGACAUCUCCAGUCACCUACCAGGUUCUUGGACACCUGAAGACAUGCCUUGUAUUGGCAUUUGGUUAUACUUUGCUCCAGGAUCCAUUCAGCUGGAGAAACAUCAUGGGUAUUCUGUUGGCCAUGGUUGGGAUGAUUUUAUAUUCUUACUAUUGUACACUUGAAAAUCAGCAAAAAGCCAUUGAAGCUGCCGCACUAGCAUCCCAGGCAAGGGAAGGUGAAUCUGAUCCUCUCAUUAAUUUGGAAAAAGGAAGCAGCGCUGUGACUGAUAGUGUUGGACAUAUGUCCCCUGUAUGGAGCAAAGACAAAGACUAA